CAAAUGCUGUCUAUGGUUGCUACCAAUGGUAAAGGGGCAUUAGUUUAGGAUAUUUACGGUAAUUUAUCAAUCAACGUCUGGUUUUUCUGUACACCUCCCCUAAAAUACAAACGGCAAUCUAGAAGUACAGCAAAUGCGAUAUGGAUUACAAUCUGAAUAUGACCAGUUAAUUUAAUGUUGUCUACAUUUUUGGACAUAGUAAAAGAAACCAAGGAGCUUUGAAAGCCUGCGGGGAUUGCCAAACGAACGAUGUCGAAUUGCAUUGCGUUUCACACACAGAUCGCUUCCAUCAUGGAGGUGCUGGCGAACGCGGCCGUGGCAGAGAUCUGUAAACUUGUGGACGACGGAUAUGCGGUUUUACGCUUGGAGAUGUCCCAAAGCCAGAAAGAGAACGAAUCGCUCCGGAGGAAACUGCAGGUUUUGGAGUUACGGGUCGCACAAGCGUGUACUUUUACAGAGAAAACCAGGAUAAAAGACAGUUCAGUAAAUAAUCGUCCAAAGAAAGGGUCGGUUUUCGAUAAGUUUCAAGGAUCGACAACAGCAGAGCCGGAUAGCAUCCCAGCCGGACAAAGUUUCUUGGACAUGGGCCUUAUUAGCGACGGCGAACCCACUGAAGACCAGGACGAGUCCGUAUUGAAUCGGAUCUCGUGUGCAGACAUGCAGGAGGGAAGGACUGACUCUGUUCUUAUAAAGGAGGAGAGUGUGGAAGAGGACAGAGACCCACAGGGAGAGAUGAACUCCAGGGAGGAGAGACUUGUGGAACCGGGCAACAACGAUGGCAAAUUGGCGGCUGCUCUCGGCAACCGGACUCCGUCUUCCAACGGGAGGGAAGUGCCGGCUGACCAGCAGAGGACCAGACGGCACGUUUGGGAGCCUGCAGAUGUGGAGGAGAGGGGGCCAGAACCACUUCCUGUGAAGGAGGAGAGACUCCGAGAGGGGGGACCCAGCAGUGAGCCGCAGGGGGGGUCCAGGAGCAGUGGGGAGCGAGCUGUGGAGAGGGGUGUGGCCGUUGGGGGAAGAGCCCCCGCCCUGAACCCGCAGACGGCACCUGCCCCCACCCUGGAGGAGCUGGUCGAGCAGCACGGCUCCCCGGGCAGCCUUUGGGAGGUCCAGGCUGGUGGUGUCCUGAGGGCCAAGAAAAGGCGAAUCAACCAGGGGUUCAGACACAGAGGAGCUGAACACAGGGCAGGAGGACUCAACAGUCUGGACUCUGAGUUUGUCAUGUUUGAGAGACCAGGCCAACUGGGGUCCUACUGUACACAAGGGGGCGCUGUCGCAGAGACGGAGGAUCCGUGCUGCUCGUACUCUACAGAAGCGGACGCAGAGAGCCUGUCCUUCCCUGCAGAGCUGCAGCGGGGGCCUGCUGUGGACGGCAGCCCAGGGAAAAGCCUUCCCUCGCUGGGCUAUUUGGAGUGGAAGCCCCAGGCGGCGGCGGUGGACGUUAAAUCGGAGGUGGAGAUGCGCUGUAUGUGGGGCAGGCAGGGAGCGUUGGGGACGGGUCACACACAGCCCAAAAAUUACGACGACGACGACGACGACGACGAUGAUGAUGGCAACGAUGAUGAUGAUGAUGGGGAAAUCCGGGCGGAAAACGCCACCGACCUUUUCCCUGGGUUCUCUCAGGUUAGGGUGAGAGGGGCAGAACGCCCCCCGAGCCUGAACGGACGAGGCCUGCGGACCGAGCUGGGCUUCGACGCGGCGGCCGGCGGACUGUACCACGAGGCCGGGGAGGCGGGGGGGGACCUCAGCCGGGCCCUGCAGGCCGGCGAGAGGCCGUUCGGCUGCCCGCAGUGCGGGAAGCUGUUCGCCCACCCGGGGCGCCUGAAGGUGCACCAGAGGGUCCACACCGGGGAGAAACCCUUCAGCUGCGUGCAGUGCGGGAAGCGCUUCGCCCAGUCCAGCCACAUCAAGAGACACCAGCGGGUGCACACGGGGGAGAAACCCUUCAGCUGCGCGCAGUGCGGGAAGAGCUUCUCUCACCUCUGCAAUCUAAAAACGCAUCAGACUGUGCACACGGGAGAGAGGCCGUACAGCUGCACUCAGUGCGGGAAGAACUUCUCGUCCCUGGGCAAUCUCAUCAGACAUCAGAGUGUUCACAUUGGGAAAUGACCUCAAGCUGUGCUGAGAGAGGCACCUUUAGAUUUUAUUUUAUUUUUUAUUAGGUUCAUGUUAUAGUAUUAGACAAUUAUUUAUCAUGAUUGCAAUUAUUUUAAUGUUGUCAUGGGAGCGACUGGAGCUGAAUAAUUACAUUAUUCAUGACAAGUGAAACUCUUGUGUACAUAAUGUCAUUCCUGCUUGUAUGGACGUGCCGGGCAAAUCGCCCGUCAUUCCAAACACGCCACCGUGUUGCAUGUCUGAGCAGCAGAAGAGUGCCCUAAUAUAACUGCAGAAUUCCAGAUUAAAUGUAUUUGUUGCA